AUGAAAGCCGCAUGCAUACUGAUCUUGUUUUGGCCCCUCUUCAUGCUAACACUUUCAGAUGAAAGCCAGACUUUUAAAACAGAAGUCAAAUGUAAUUUCACUAAACAGAAUUAUUAUUUGAUUCCAGCGGAUAUCAAUAAAGAGGUUACUAUACUUGAUCUCAGUUAUAACCAAAUUACUCUGAAUAUUACAGACACAAGUAUUCUACAGAUGUAUUAUUUACUCACUGAGCUCUACUUGAUUGAAAACAGUAUCAUCAUCUUAUGUAAUAAUAGUUUUGGUAACCUCUCCAAUCUACGAAUUUUAAAUAUCUGUAGAAACUCCAUCCACAUAAUUCAACAGGGUGCAUUUACAGGCUUAACUAAACUACAACAGUUAUAUCUAUGCCAGAACAAAAUAUUACAACUGAAUCCUGAUAUAUUUGUGCCUCUUAAAAACCUGAAACUUCUGAAUCUGCAAGGCAAUUUGAUAAGCUAUUUUGAUGUACCACAACUGUUUCAUCUGGAAUUAAUCAUUUUACAUGGAAAUCCAUGGAAUUGCUCCUGUAAUUUACUGAAUUUGCAGAAUUGGCUAAACACAUCCAAUGUAACAUUAGAAAAUGAGAAUAUCACCAUGUGCAGCUACCCAGAUAUACUGAAAUACUACAGCAUCAAAACAGUACCUUAUAAGGCUGAAUGCUACUCAAAACUUCCUUCACCUAUAACUGAAGACCUUCAGAUUAAUUUUCAGUCAAUUAGCAAUUCAACAUUUAAUAGCUCUUUGAACAACUUAACAAGAAAUUCAGAACAUGGACCUCUUGGAAAAAGCUGGGCUUUUCUUGUUGGUGUUGUAAUGACUGUACUGGUGACCUCUCUCCUCAUUUUUAUUGCUAUCAAAUUGCCAAUAUGGUAUAAUUUUCUGCUUAGCUAUAAACAUCAUCACCUGGAAGAACAUGAAGUAGAAACCUAUGAAGAUGGUUUUACCCAAAAUCCAAGUUCCCUUUCACAGAUACCAGAUACAAACUCCGAAGACACUACAGUAAUAUUUGAACAACUACAUUCAUUUGUAGUGGAUGAUGAUGGGUUUAUUGAAGACAAAUACAUAGAUACUCAUGAAUUAUGUGAAGAAAAUUAA